CCAGCAUCAGGAAAUCGAAGAGAUGGAUCCAAUUCUCUAUCAGCUAUUCUGGCGCUAAUGACGGCUGUGCUAACCGAGUGUGACCUGCACUGCCACAGUCAAAGACUGAGAGAUAUGGCUAGCAGGCUAGAGAGUGCAGCUGUGGGGAAAAAUGGAGAAAAAGACUUACUGCUGUUAAUGAAAAGUAUAACGCAGUCUGAUUCACCACCAACACAAAGUGCUCUAACAGCAUCUCCCUCUACAGGACUUUAUCCAAAGAAUUGCUAUGAGAUCUUUCAGCUUGGAAUAAAAGAGAAUGGAAUAUAUACUAUCCAACCAGACCCUCAAAAACCAGCACUUGAGGCUAUGUGUGACAUGGAGUCUGCUGGAGGUGGGUGGACAGUGUUUCAGCGUCGAUUUGAUGGACAAGUGGACUUUAACCGGACCUGGAGUGAGUACCGGGAUGGUUUUGGUUCUCCACAAAAGGAGCACUGGUUAGGGACUGCAGUUCUACAUGCUCUCACAGCCAGUGGGCAACACAUACUUCGCAUCACCUUACAAGACUGGCAUCAACAGACCCGACAUGCCAUCUACAACAACUUUAAAGUGGCAGGGGAGAACCAGAGAGUUUAA